CCCAGAGCCAAAGUCCCCCUUGCAGCCCUCCGCCGCUGCGGACACAGCACCCCUGCCCCACGAUGGUGCCAGGGAUCCUGCCCAGCUUCCAGGCGCGGGAGACGCGGAGCCCUGCGGGCUGUGUCUGGCAGAGCCCUCCCCACGCUCUCCAGGCCAGCAGGCUCCUGAUGAGCCCCCUGCCACCAUGGACAGGGAGAGCCCCCUGGAGCCCCCUGUGACCUUGCAGUGUGUGGACGUGGACAAAUGCAUUGAUGCUGAACCAGAAGCCGAAUUAUCGGGCAUGGCGGGUGACAGCUCCCUUGAGCAAGAGGAGGCUGUGCCAGCCAGCACAGCCCUCCCCGAAAUCUUGGAAGAGGAGGCAGUGCAGAAUAACAGCCCAGCAGGUGAAAAAAAGCCCAUUGAAGAGGAAACGCCGCCCGAACCCGACGGCUCAGACACUGCAGGGAAGGACUCUGUCUCUUCCAAAGACAGUCUAGACAAGAAGCGAAAGAAAGGCAGGAGAGCGCUUGUGGCAUCGGACCGGUGUCUCCGAAGCCAGCAAUGCCAGUCACCCGCCGAGGGCAGUCCUGAAGACGCUGGUUCUUCCAGCUCUGUGCAGCUUCCUUGCCUUCAGAUCAAACUCUCCAAGAGCCCUGGCGCUAAGCGGUUCAAGAGAGAAGUGCCCCUGGAUGGGGCAGCACCUGUGCACUUCCCAAACGACUGCUUCCCCAAUGCGCUGCUCAAAACCAGUAAGGAGCCAGGCACCGGCCAGGCUCCAGAGAGCAUUGCUGAGCAGUGCCCAGGUGAGGAGAAUGGUGUCACUACCAGAGAAACCUAUAAAAGCAUCUUAGUGGCAGAGGGAGAAAAUUCCUCUAAAGAUGACCCCCCUGCUAACAGCAGCCAAAGUCAACCAGGUGAGAUGCUGGAAAUGGGCGUCCAGGCUGAUUCUGAGAAGAGAAGCCUUCUCCUCCCUCCAGAGAGCAGCAUGCUUGCAAAUGAUGCCGAGCAAGCGGAUGUGAAACCAGGCGAUGCCAAUGCAAAGGACGAGGAGAGCUCUGACGGUUGCAUGGGCAUGGGCAAGCUGGAGAGCUACGAGCCAGUGGCCAAUUCGCCUCCGUGUCCCAGCAGCAGAGCUGGAAUCAAGCAUCUUCCAGCGAAGGCUGCAAAGCAUAAAAAGGUCGCUCUGCAGUUUUAUAACUUAAGACACGCACCCACACCUGUGGAAACCACAAAAAAGAGCACACCAGGGAAGGAGUCUGUGCAAGCGAUCCCCAAACUGAGGGAUGAAUGCAGUUCAGGUAAUGACGACUCCCUGGCGUUGGAGGACGUAGACACGGCUGACAGCAAACGAAAGUUCAUGGAGUGGUGCGCUGAAGAGGACAACCAGGAGCUCAUUGCCGAGUUCAAUGCCCAGUACAUGAAAGUUCAGAAGGGCUGGAUUCAACUGGAGAAGGAGGUGCAGCCAACCCCCAAGGUAAAGAACAAAGCCGACAAAUUGAAAGAGAUUUGGAAAAGCAAGAAAAGGACACGGAAGAGUAGAGGCUCACUGGAAGUGCAGAAGCUUUCUCCUGUCCAGAUGCUGUUUAUGAAGGCCUUUAAGCUAUCUGACAUCUGCCAGUGGUUUCUCGAGACAACUGAAACCAGGUCUCUAGUGAUCGUGAAGAAACUCAACACCCGUCUCCCGGGGGAGAUCCCCCCCAUCAAAGUCCCCAUGCAGAAAUAUUCCUCCUCCAGUCUCUACCCCAGCUCACUGCAAGCUGAACGUUUGAAAAAACACCUCAAGAAGUUUGCCGCCACUACCCCGGCUCGGAAUAACCUGAAGAACCAAAAGCUUUGGGCCAAAAUUCGGGAGAACGCUGAUAAAGCAGAGGCUGAAGACCCCCCCUCCCCCACCCGGACGCCCCCCGCCGACACCGGCACCGAGGACCUGAAUGAAGACAAAACCAUCCAGCCUGCCCCCAGCUUGCCCACGCAGGCCAGCACCAGGAUCCUACGGAAGUACUCCAACCUGCGGGGCAAGCUGCGAGCCCAGCACCGCGUGGUGAAGGCGGAGAAGAAGAGCGAUGGCCCGGGUGACCACCCCAGGAAGAAGAGGACGCUGAAGGAGAGCGGGAGCACCCAGGAGCGGUCCGGCUCCUCCACCAAGGACAAGCUGCCUGCCAAGAAGGCCAGUAAAAUAAAGCAUUCGGAGAUCAGCACGAAAGCUCCCGCCACCCGAAAGCAGACUGCCAUGGAGAGGAGCAAUAAGCUGGCAAGAAAAAUGUCUUUGAAAGAGAAGAGAGCUCCGAAAAGGCAGCUGGGGAAGGUGCGGCUCCCCAUGCGGAAGGGCAAGGAGAACACGAGCAGACGGGCCGUGCUGCCCCCCGGCCACGAGGAGCUGGCCAAGUCCCCAAAGCAGAAGCCCCUGGGGGAGUCCUCCACACGGUCACAGAAGAUGGCCAACAAAAAGCCCAGUGGUGGGAAGACCCUGACGAGGUCCAUGAAGAAGAUGCAGGAGAGCAGUGGGUCGCAGGGCAAGAGGAAGCUGAGGGCAAAAGUGGACUGUUCGCACAGCAAGCGCUCACGACUGGACCCGAAAUAG